AGGUCUCUUCUUCCCCAAUCUCUCUCUUUGUCUCCUCGAUCGAAGAAUUUAGGCAAUGGACAAAGGCAAAGCGGUGAUGGGUACUGGUCGGAGAUGGGCCGUUGAAUUCUCCGACCAAUCUACUGUUCCAUCUUCCCGUGACAUCCUCGAUCCACCUGGCUUCUCUCGUGCUUCUCAGGAACAGGAUGAUUCAGCAAACAGCCGCCAAAAGAAAGACGCUGAAGCUACUUGGAAACUUCAGAAAGCGUGGGAAGUAGCGCAAUCUCCGUUUAAGAAUUUGAUGAUGAUGGGUUUCAUGAUGUGGAUGGCUGGAAACACUGUGCAUCUUUUUAGUAUUGGUAUUACAUUCUCGGCUCUUUGGCAGCCUAUCAGUGCUCUCCAGAGUGUUGGAAAGAUUUUUGAGCCAUUCAAGGAUAACAAAGUGGAACUACUUAUGCCGAAAUUAGUGUUUCUUGCCCUAAACCUUGGAGGGUUAGCUUUGGGUGUCUGGAAGCUUAACACUCUGGGGCUUCUUCCAACACAUGCAUCAGAUUGGGUUUCAUCUCUACCCCCUCCUCAGGAAGUUGAACACUCGGGCGGAGGAUUUGUUUUCCACUGACGAAUCUUCAUCUCUUGUAUUUUAAAUAAUCCACCGCGAGACAACGACGACACUUUUGUGAGAUAACUGCAACAGAUACUUAAGUGAUUUGUUCAACCCGGGUUUCAUUAUAUGGACCUUCUCAUCUUAUGAUCUUCUUGUAGCAUUUUCAAAACUCAGAAACCAUAGAUUUUUUUUUACUUUUUAGUAUGAUGCUCAUUAUUCAUCAUAACUAUGAAUGUAUUAUUGGCUCUGAAGGGACCUAUCUCCUCCCAGCUUUUUGUUUCUCAUCUUUUUAGACAGGAAUGGAUAAUGUUUCAGACAAAAAUUUGGCUCUUUAUUGCUUCCACUCAUGAUUCUGAGUAACAAUCAAUCAAUGCUUGAUAUUAAU